GGGAACGUGAAGCCCAUUCAUAGGUAUCUCCUCAUUGAAAUUCAAUCCGUGGGAUUUAAGUCUCAGCAUUACUUCGAGUGCAGGGACUGUAGAAAAGUGCCGAAGUCUGAGAGACUGAUUUGGAUUUUACUAUCAACUUUUUGUUACUUUUUCAGCAAGGCCACCAAAAUGCUGUUGUCGUGUAAAUGAACGGCCAAAACGCUUAACAAAAAAGGAGGGAAGCCAUCAUCAUCUCUCUGCAUCAAAAUGGCGUCAAUGGAAGGAAAUUGCUGCGGACAAUAUUCCACCUGAAAGAACCAUUUACCAAAUCAUCAACAACAUCAAGUAGAGAAAUUCAACUUCAGUGAUGAAAGACUCCUUCUGAGGAGUCUUCUACAGUAUCAUGUCACCACCAGCGCAGAGUUUGCUCGUAUUUACAGCAGGUGGGUGUGAGAUCAUCUGAAUGCAGAUUGAGGUCAUUUGGACAAUGGCCUAGUGUCAGAAAUGGCUGCAAAAAGAAACCAAGUCUGUCCAAGAAAAAAAAAAACCCGUGAAGGACAGACUGAAAUUCUGUAGGAAGUACAGGGAUUGAACAGUAGAAGACUGAUGCAAAGUUGUUUUCUGAUGAAGCCCCUUUCCGAUUGUUUGGGACAUUUGGAAAAACGAUUGUCCAGAGAAGAAAAGUUAAACUUUACCAUGAGUCCUGUGUCAUGUGAACAGUGAAGCAUCCCAAGACCAUCUGUAAAGACUAACGUGUGGAGUUGCUUUUCACAAUUCUGCCCCAAAACACUGCCAUUAAUAAAUAAUGAUAUCAAAAUGUCCUCCCAGGAGCAAUUUGGUGAUAAUCCGUGCAUUUUUCAGCAUGAUGGAGCACCAUGUCACAAGGCAAGAGUGGUGCUUGGAAGUAGCUUGGAGAUCGUUACAUUGAAAUUUUGGAUGCUUGGUCAGACAAUUCUCUAGAUUUUAAUCUCAUAGAGAACCUGCGGUCAAUCCUCAAAAGGCAAGUGGACAAGCAGAAGCCCACAAACUGUGAUCAUCUCAGCACUAAUAAGACAAGAAUGGCUCGCCUUCAGUCAGGAUUUGGCCCGGAAGCUGAUAUCCAGCAUGCCAGAAUGAAUUGCAGCGGCUAUGAAGAAGAGUCAACACUGAUCAGGUGCGAAGCAGUGAGUCAUUCAUAUCAAACACCUGCACCAGUAUACAUGAGGGUUAAUCUCACUACAUACCUGACAAGGCCCCCAUUCAUCUUUGUGCUUUCAACUGGAAUGAUUUGAUGUGGAAAAAACACAAUGAUCUCAAUCAUUAAAACCUGCUUCAGAGGGAUCUACAGUUGUCAUUGGAACAGCGAUAAUACAAGACAAAAAAGGUCAUGCUGCUGGUUCUCUUUUCUGUCUUUUGUGUCCAUACUUGCCCUGAGUUGGAUGUACGUUUGCUUUAUUGCCUUCAACGACCACACUGAUGUAAAUGAGCAUGUCUUCAAAAAAUUGGAAAAAUGGGUGGACUGGUACAUGAUAGUGAUGGUGAUUUCUGCUAUCCUAGCCACUUACUGUUUCCUUCUACUGGUAUUUGGAUUGCUACAUUUCGCAAUUAGAGAGCCCUUGAAUUUGCACUGGCUGCAUAAGGUGUUUCUGGUUUUGGGUCUCCUCACUGAUACUAUUGGUAUAGCUGGAUUUAGUAAAGAAUGGAUAGAGGAGUGGCAAACUGUCUAUAUGUCAUUUCAGGCCACGGCUCCUUUUCUGCAUCUGGGUGCUCUGGUGGCUUUGACCUUGAUCAGCUGGCUCGUGUUCAAGAAUUAUCAUACAUCUGCUUGUAAGGUUUUUAUAAUGAUGACCUUCCUGGUAGUGUCCACUGCUGUGUUCCUCUGUCCUCUCGCAAUCUGUUCUCCGUGCAUUACCAGUAACCUUCCGCCAAAACCCUCCCUCGUCGGACACCGUGGUGCUCCAAUGCUGGCUCCAGAGAAUACCAUGAUGUCAUUCAGGAAGAGUAUGGAGUGUGGCGUGGUGGCAUUUGAAACAGACGUGCAAAUCAGCAAAGAUAUGAAGCCUUUUCUUAUGCAUGACAAUGGUGAAAAAUAUCUGCUACGAACAACUGAUGUGAAGAAAAAAUUUCCAGGUCGAGAUAACAGCAUGCACACUAACUUCACAUUGCAAGAGUUAAAGAUGUUAAAUGCAGGCGAAUGGUUUUUAAGGACAGAUCCAUUUCAUUCAGUGUCAUCGCUCUCAGAGGAAGAGAAGAGGGAGGCUAACAACCAGACAGUACCAUCUCUUUCUGAGCUCUUGGUCAUGGCCAAAAAGCAUAAUGUCUCCCUCAUAUUUGACCUAAAAAAUGAGAAUAACUCAACAGGAUUCCACAACAGCAACUCCUUCUACACCACUGAGACUAUCAUAAAGUCAGGCAUCUCACCAGACAAGAUAUGGUGGCUUCCUCGAGAAUAUAGACACAAUGUGAGAAAUAUUUCACCAGGGUUCAAGCAGGUGUAUAAUGUGGUUGACGAAAUGAAUGCGGAUGGUGGAAGCUUCCUGAAUAUGAAAUACAGUUCACUGAGCACUCGUAACAUAAGUGAGCUGCGGGAAAAAAACGUUUCUGUGAAUCUGUGGGUUGUGAAUGAACGUUGGCUCUUCUCAUUACUGUGGUGCUCUGGGGCCAGUUCAGUGACCACCAAUGCCUGCCACAUCUUCAAAAACAUGUCUAAGCCUGACUGGCAUCUGGAGCCUAAAAAGUACAUGGGAAUAUGGAUCUCUGCUGACGUGAUUUCAUUGCUGUUGAUGUUUGGGCAAUUUCUUUGGCAAAGGUCGUCCUUAAACACAUCGUCAGAGAAGAGAUGUCACUGCAAGAGGGAGAGGAAGUUAAUUUAUUUAAAGACUAUGAAUAAAAAACAAAACAAAAACAAUGAUGAGCACAUAUAAAUUAUUUAUAAUAAAUACUGCAAUAUUCCAUGAAAAAAUAAGAAUUGUCAUUUAAUUUCACGGUGACUUUAAGGGAUAGAUAUAAUAGCUUUAAACCUUGUAAUUGUGUUUUUUUUAAAUAUUAAUUUCUUUCUAAUAUUAAUAGUGUAUUUCUAUUUUUAAUUUUCGCUCUAUAAAAAUGUAUAAAAUGUAUUACAAUUAUGAAAAAAGAAGCCAUCAGUUAUUAUAUAAAUAUAAAUGUAUUGUUAGAAAUGGUAAAUAAAAAUGACUGCAAGGCAAGUCAACUUGUUACCAAUUCUAAGGCUUAUCCAACUUUUUUCCAGUAGCUGAAAAUGUCCAUCAUACACAAAAUUCAUACCACUAAAAAACACAAACGUACUCGAAGGCUAUUGAUUAUUUAUUUAUUUUUUCUUUAUUAUUCUUUAUUCCAAGGCAUUUAACAAAUGUUUUAAAGCAGAACUAAGUAACUUUUUUUUACCUUCAUAAAUAGUUUUUUAAGUCCUUACGAUAGUUAACUGACUUGUAGUGGUGUGUUUGAGGCGAGCACUAACCCCCUCUGGCACGUCUACGCCAGAAAACAGCACUUGCAAGUUGAGCUGGGCCGACCCGACACAAU